UAACAGAAUACCCGGAUGAUUCUAAGAAAUUCUAAUAUUAUUCAGGUACAUUCAACCCGGUUCUGUCGGAUUAAUAUUUCAUCGAUAUGUCCGAGCUAUGCUCCUGAUGGAAAUGGGAGGGGAAAAAAAAGGUCGAAGAAAGUGAUCAAGUUAGUUCCAGAGUACCUUCUCAAGAAGAGAAAAACAUACCAGGCCAUCAAAGCCACACAAGCCAAACUUGCACUACUCGAGAAAAGGAAGGUAACGAAAGGCAAACCUUUAAAGUUCAGGCGUUUGGAGGAUUUCUUGAAAGACUGUCACAAAAAGCACAGAGAUGAGACACGCAUCAGAAGGGCAGACCACAGGCCCGCUGCCCCUCUGCCUCCAGAAAAAAACAAGCUAGCUUUUGCUAUGCGCAUCAGAGAGAUUAAAGGUGUCAGCCCCAAAGUGAUGAAGGUGAUCCAGAUGAUGAGGCUGAGGAAGAUCUUCAGUGGGACCUUUGUUAAAAUCAACAAGACCUCCAUAGCUAUGAUGAAGAUGGUGGAGCCUUAUGUGGCCUGGGGAUUUCCCAACUUAAAGUCAGUCCGCGAGCUCAUUCUGAAGAGAGGUCAGACCCGGAUCGGCCGGAGGAGAGUCCCCCUCACAGACAACGCCCUCAUUGAGCAGCACAUGGGUAAAGCUGGUAUCAUAUGUCUGGAGGACCUGAUCCAUGAAAUCUACUCUGUUGGCAAGAGCUUCCGAGCAGCCAACAACUUCCUGCUGCCUUUCAGGCUGUCAGUGCCUCGUCAUGCCGCCAGGGACAAAGCCGGGCUGAUGAAAGACCUUGGAAACCCUGGCUUCCGGGCCACAGAUGUCAACUCCAUCAUUAGACUGCUGAACUAAGAGAAAACGUCCACAAGAUGGACACCGAGCUCCAACUUUAAGGAUGCUGAAUUUGUUGCAGAGAAAUAUGAUUUCUUUUCAGCAAGGAAGCUUUCUGGGUUUGAUUAUCAUCAUUCAUUGUAUCGUCAUUCUCUGGUGACACAGCUGGCUGGGAGAUGACCUAGUGAUGUGAAAUAAGGAGCUUUGCUUUACCCAUGAUGUUUUGCACAGGUUAUGUUUGCGCCAGAGAACAAGAACUGAAUUAGAAGGACUCGAAAACAGAAACUAUUAUUCCCACAGGAACAUUCCUCAGUUUGUCAGAGGAAUUUGUCUGCAGUUGCCACAUCUACAAUGAUUCAGUCAAGUCAGGUUGUCCUUCAUGUCUCUGUACACCCAAAUAUAUUUACUGUGUUAAACUGUUUGUAUUUUCGUUGCAGAGUUUUCAGUCAGUGUAAUUUACUGUCAAUGCAGAUGGGUUUUACAAUAAAACAUCUAUUUUUUGUGACUACA